CAUCAUUAUAUUCCACUUAAUUCAACGGCAGGUGUUGGCUGGCAGAUAAAUCUAAAGAGAGCGUUCUAUCACCGAACGUCGCUUGUUCGUGGAGGCCACAUACGAAACGCGCAAGCAGCUGUCGACGAGACUGGAUGGGAAUAAAAAUCCAUCACAGCUGCGGGAAGCAGCCCCAUCGCUUCAAUCGGGAGAACUGAAGUAGUGCCGUCAAGCAUUACUUCAGGUGCCUGCACGAAGCGAAGUAUGUCUGCGUCCGUUCGUCUCCCAAGCCAGACACGACCAGACGUAACACAUCCCUGAGUUUGAUAGACAACCAUAUCACCUCUGCCCUAUUGCGAGGACCAGUGGAAAAGGCAGCCGUUGUCAACCAACAGCGUGGGGUAAACAAACAAAAACAGCCAAAGUCGACAACAAUUACGACACCUCUGGUGGGCAGUGCAACACCACUAAAUAUUAUAUAUAUAUAUAUAUUUAUCUGUAUUACUUCUUUACUACUACAGUGAUUAGAGCGGUGUGAAUUACUACUGCUGUUGUCAUCGCCGUUGGUGCUUGGCGCACGCCAGCCAGCUCUCUUUCCUAACGAGAGAGUUCGAGCAGAACUUCAAUGGCCGGCUGGAUUGAGAAGCAACCCGGAUUUUCAGUUAAAAAUAUUCACAGCCGUGCUAAUGCUUUAUAUAUAUACAUUGGAUAUACGCAUAUGUGUCCGUAGGGUCUGCGUGUGGUGGUAUUGGUAGCAGUAGUAGUACGGUAUACAGCAGUACAAGCUGCUGUUUCUGCUGCUGCUGCUGUGGGUUCCAUCGACCGCAGCGGUCUGCUGAAGGGUGCUGUUACCGCUGUCUAUGCGCGUUCACCGCUUCUGCUGCUGGCGCUGGUAGCCUUAGCCGCGCUCAACGCUAGCUCCGCCCCGGCGCCAUCUUAGUUCCAGAUGUUUGGCUAGCGCCGCUCGUUUCAGCAGCAGCAGCAGCAGCAGCAGCAGCAGCAGUAGUCGUCGUCAUCGUAGCCUCCAGUGGCUCCGCUGCUGUGGUUCUGUGCUUUGUGUCCGUAUUUGCCUGGCCGCAGCGAACGUCCAACGAGUCAGCCGGCGUCGCUGUCGGUCUGUGGCCGCCUUCCUGCGUGCUUCGUAGCGGCGUGGCUGUGUGCGCGUGUAUUGGCUAGCGAACAGCGCGGCUCAGCUCAGGUCUUGCCAGCGCCGCUGAUGGUUGGAGACCCGCGAUUCUGCUGUGCAUGCCCGAGCAGCGAUGCUCUGUGUGAUCUGUGUAUGUGCUGUUCCUGUUUGUGCCGUUGACGUGGUGCGGCGAUAGCUAGAAACUGCUGCUGUUGGUUAUUCGGUCUUUCGUAUGCUCCCUAGCCGACGGCCACCAUCGAUUCGCAGAGCACCGCUUGCUGUUGGCUCUGACUGGUCUCAGUGGUGGUGUGUCGAUGUCGACGAGGUCCCUCUCGGUCGCUGCUGCUGCUGCUGCUGCUACUGCUGCUGUGUCGAUCGCUGGCUCGGCAGCGGGUCGGUCUAGCCAGUGCUGUUGCUGCGUCGUCAGUAGGGAAUUGUCUGUUGUUUAGUGCUGAGCUGAGCCGAGCCGAGCCGAGACGAACGAGGCAAGCGCUGCUGCUCGUGCUGCUGCUGCUGCUGUUGCUGUUACUGCUGCUGCUGCUGCUACUGCUGCUGCUGCUGCUGCUGCUGGCGGUGGUGGUGGUGGUGGUGGUGGUUAGCUGGCUGACCCGCAUCGCAAUUACCGUUGCGUAUACCACAGGACUUCGGUUAUUCGCCGGCGAGUUGAUACCAGUGGGUGAAAAAAGGCCGCUGAAAAAGUAACCCUUCCGAGGAGUUCAUCACGGAAUAGUGUUUGACUUCUAAUCAGCCCACCGCUUCUACCUAUAUUUCUUCCACUCUACUGGACAAUUGGCGCAGACCAACGGAAACGGCAAACAGGGAGUUCCGUUGAGUUGGCUCGGCAACAACAACAGUUCGGAUCAGCAGUUUUGUCUACUGGUUUGCGUUCUAGUGGUAACAGUCGUUACGAGAACGCACAACGUAAAUCUUGUGCUGAGUAGUUGUACGUUGUGUUUCGGUCGCGUAAAAAGUGCUACGAUUUAUUUUUCGCUUAUGCUGUUUGUGUGCGACUUGGUCAGAGGUGGUUUUUCGACGAAACUAGCGCACAGCCUGCGGGAAGAUCAAGCGGGUCGCAGUCGGCAACCGUGAAAGCCAAAUAAACGUUACUUACAGCUGUUAGCUCACUUGGCCAACGUUCGUAUCAUCAUAAGCGCAUCAUAUCAAGGUUAGCCUUAGCACCGGGUCUGGGUACAAAGUACUGCGCUUGUUCGAAUCAACACAGGCGCGAUCCGAAACCUGCUGAAGAGAUUUAGUGGAUGACGACACCGAACGGACGGCCCCUCUUCGAUAAAGUCUCCCAGCAUCAUCGACGGUGCCCCACAGCCUAAGGGUGAGCAUCGGAGCAGCAUCGAAAGAGAGGGGGGGGGGGAGCAGCAGCAGAAAGAGAUUGCACUCAGGAAUACGACUGCGAUCGUUUCGAAUAGCGAACCUACCUGUGCGAGAAGCACCACCCCAUUCAACGGAAAUCUCGCCGACUUGACCCCUCCCUCCAACGAUACCCAACUCUCGGAAGUCACUUCGAAGUAUAAAGAGCAAAAUCCCUCUCGUACCCGUCUUAAUGUCGCUAUCAUCAUGACGAACACCUCAUACUCUACGUAUCGUAGUAUAUCCGUGUGUGACCGAUUUUCGUUAUGAUCGAGUUCUAACAUCAGCCAACAGGGCUCCAAGGAUUACGUGUCUCAUUAACUAUAUAUACAUAGCGGACUAGUGUGUGCGAUCUUAUUACGUUUGAUAAAUACCUACAUCUAUAAAUAAUACGUUCAUAUUUUUUAAUUGUUGUGUGGGUCGUCGUUUAUGCGUGUGGAUUCUUCGUUGAUUAUUCAUCACCGCCCCUAAUAGCCGACAUUCGACGGUAAACGACACGGCCAGCAUUCUAUCUACGAGAAAUAUAUACAUACAUGUAUGUAUGUAUGUAUGUAUGUAUGUAUGGUAAUCAUAUAACAUUGAAUGAUAAUGCCAUUGGAUGUUCGAGAUGGGACCAAAUGAUUGCUUCACUAUAAUGAUAAUGCUGUCAAUGUUGCAGUCGUUGAUGUGACUGGAUAGACAAAACAAAACCCGUCUCACUGUAUUUAUGCUCUAUGUGUUACGAGCAACGUACGUGCUGGUGUGACGACGAUCGUGGCUUAGAUGUGUAUUGUGACGGCGCGUGUAUCUUGGCCAAGCCAUCGAGUAUGUGGUUAGCCAGGCGAUAGGAAAGAAAUAUCUCGCCUGAUUCAAUUGCUUCUUAGUGUGAACAGUUCAGCGGUUCAGCCCGUUUUGCCAUCUUGCCUAAGCGUCAUCAUCGACAUUUGUUAUUUUAUCGCUAGUAUUCUGUUUCAAUUCUACACUCUAAUGCAAAAAGAGAACGUGGAUUUCGCUGGGUAUAUAUGUGUCGUGCGCCAGUAGCGUUCGUUGAGUGAAUUACUGUCGCUGUUACGCACUUUGCAGCCUGAAGCCAGGCCGUAAGCUACCUGCGUAGAGAUCAGGAACAACAACAACAACAACAGCAGCAGCAGCAGCAGCAGCGAUCCCCCUAACGUGCUGCUGUUCGUGCGGGGCUUUGUCGGCGCGUUCGAGGUCCCUGCGAUGGCCCCACUUGUGUGAGAGGCGUUCAGCAGUGCUAUGUUGUAAGGCGUCCCAUGUACGUCGCGCGUCUGUGUAGCAUCCGUGUCCAAGUUAGUUAGCGCGUGUUCUAGGCUAUGACAACGACCUAUCAACGGACAACGAACUACAGACAAGUUACUAACUCUUUGGUAAAGUGUCGGCAGCUCACAGCGGUGGUCUUUCGGCCUAACACGGUUUCUGAAGGUCGGCCUUGAGGCGAAGGUUGCGCUCGCUGCUGUGGUUGUGCGUGUUCGGUAGUUACACGAACACGCGCUAACGGCGAGAUUCGUUCCGUUCCUGCUGUUCGCUCGACCGAUCAUUGUGGCUGCCGCGCUACCUGGUGUCGGUUCUACUUUUAUUGCUUUUGCCAGCCAACAUCGACGACGCCCCUGGAGGGCCGAGAAAGUUAGAGCUGCAGGAUCCGGCUGAAACCUCUUCUUCUUUUUCGCAGCGCAGUAGGGGCUGGCUAUUUUUGUGCGUACCAAUCGCCUCUGUACGCUGAUUAUCGACGGGGAACCGUAGGAAACAAAACGGAACCAGCUAUCUCCCCUAAAAUUAUGACUACUACUACUACGACAAUUGCUAGCAUCUGCCUGCUUCGCUAAUACAUCACAACAAUAAGUGAAAAUAAAUUAGUGCUGUUACUGACGGCAACGAUAGAAACAGUGCAGCUUUUUCCAAAACCGAAAAUCAUUCAGCUAACCAACGAGACAGGACGCAAAAGUUUGUCGAAAAUGGCGAUGCGAAAUCACGAAGCGAACGCGGUGUCAGCGGCCCGUUCAGGCGAGGUUCCCGAGAGCUCGUCGGGCACCCAGAACGGAAACAACCUCGCGAUGGUUGCCGUGUCGGCCCCCGCCUCCGUCGAGGCCAAUACGCCCGUCGCCGAGAGCUGGUGCUACACCCAGGUGAAAGUAAUUAAAUUCAGCUACAUGUGGACCAUCAACAAUUUCAGCUUCUGCCGGGAGGAAAUGGGCGAGGUGCUGAAGAGCUCGACGUUCAGCGCGGGAGCCAACGACAAGCUCAAGUGGUGCCUCCGGGUGAAUCCAAAGGGUUUGGAUGAGGAGAGCAAAGACUAUCUCUCGCUAUAUCUCUUACUUGUGUCGUGUAAUAAAAGUGAGGUACGAGCCAAAUUUAAAUUUUCGAUCCUCAAUGCAAAACGCGAGGAAACCAAAGCGAUGGAAAGCCAGCGGGCAUAUCGCUUCGUGCAGGGUAAAGAUUGGGGCUUCAAGAAGUUCAUUCGGCGGGACUUUCUACUCGACGAAGCGAACGGCCUUUUACCGGACGACAAAUUGACUCUGUACUGUGAAGUGUCGGUAGUUGCUGACAGCGUCAACAUAUCGGGCCAAAACUCUUCGAUUCAGUUCAAGGUACCGGAAUGCGCCCUUUCAGACAACCUUGGUGAACUAUUUGAAAGUCAGAAGUUCUCCGACGUAAUUUUAGCAGUGAACGGACGCGAAUUCUUCGCACAUACGGCGAUUUUGGCCGCCCGAUCACCAGUGUUCAGCGCGAUGUUCGAGCACGACCUUGAAGAGAAAAAAACUUCGCGGGUGGAGAUUGCCGAUAUGGAUGAGGAUACCUUGCGGGAAAUGCUCCGAUUUAUCUACACAGGGAAAUCGGCUGCGCUCGACAAAAUGGCCGAUGAGUUGCUUGCAGCUGCCGACAAGUACGCUCUCGAGCGGCUUAAAGUUAUGUGUGAACAGGCGCUAUGCGACAAUCUCGCCGUAGAUACAGCUGCCCAGUUAUUAACAUUAGCCGAUAUGCACUCGGCGGAACAAUUGAAGGCACAUGUGAUCGACUUCAUCAAUAUGCAUGCCACCGAUGUUGUCGAAACUGACGGCUGGAAACAGAUGGUCCAACGGACGCCACAUCUCGUCGCCGAAGCGUUCCGUGCUCUUGCUACUCAGCAGAUACCGCCUAUUGGACCAGCAAGGAAACGCCUCAAGCACUAACAACACCCGUCUAUAUAUCUCACAGUAUCAACAAUAUUCUUAUUAUUAUUACCUUUACUAGUGCUAGAGUAAUAUGAAAAUGUACAUCUCGCCACCUGCCGUCGCUGUUGUCUACAUCAGUAAUCACCAUAUGACUUGCACUGCUCAUAGAGUACUGCCCUCUGCUGCGAGGUUUUCGGUAGUCAUCAUCUUUUCGUAUCCGAUAAAAGUGUACAUAUAUACCCAGAUAUAUCGAUAUGUGUCGGUUAACAGCAUUUACACACAUAUACAUAUAGAUAAAUACAGAAACAUAAAUACGGACGCUUUCCGUUAACGAGGCUGGAGCAUACACACAGACACGUACACACAGACACACUUACACAGAAACACUUACACGCGCGCAAAUACAGAGAGAACGAGGAGGACAAAGAGAUAUGGCGCCGAUAAUCCGUAAGAGAGUGAUCAUAAGAGCUAGUGGAAAAUCAACAACUAUCUCUUACAACUGCUGCAGCUAGAAGUGUGUCGUCUAUGGGCCCAGCGCAGGCCAGAGGACGCAACGAGUCAAAAACAGGAAAAAUUCACCGGUUUGUUUUGCCAACGUCGCAAGGGAUCGAUAAGAACGACCCGCGACAAAAACGGACGAUGUACGUGCCAACGUCGCGCGGGAGGCGAGCAAGUGACUUCAUGGCACGAUGAUGGUAGCCGAUGCAUCAGUUAGGUAGUCUCUUACUAGGGCAAAGGGAAAUUAGAUAUUUCGUAGUGGAUACGUGAAGGACGAAUAUUUACGGAUAGUCAGAAAGAACAGCGUUUGAUUCCGUAUCGUUGUCUAUAAUCAUCGUAUUGGAAUGGAGUAUAUUUACUUUUUAUUUAAUUUGUUCGUAGUCUAUCUUUCAUUUACUUCAAUGGUAACUUUUAGAACAGAUAUAUUUGGAACAGCAUAUGCUUCCUAAGGUAUUCAUUUGUUGAUUCUAUUGGCAUUGAAACGUGAAAUGAUAUCGCCCGCCGCUGGCAUCGAAGAACGGUAGAAGCAGUCGCGAUAUUAAGUGUCCUAUUAGUAUUGCUAAACAAUGACAGCGUUCGAUUAAGCCAUAUGUAAGGUAGACAGGGUCCUCGGGUAGAGGCAAGCGAGCAUUUUCGUUCUGGCCAAUAAAAUUGGCAAUAGAAUGAGAGAGACGUCAUGGGACUAUACCUAACUAGAUGAAGUCUGGAUGGUAACAAAAAAAUUAUUAUUUAUUGCACUUUCACUACACAAACGUCUAGGGAACCAUCCGGGAGGGAUUAUAAUGAUGACGCUGAAUUAUUUAACAUUGUCAUUAUAAUUAUAAUUACUAUUAAGUGUCGAUAAUAACCACGGUAGUAAGAGAAAGAAACGGGAAUAUUUAUUUUGCGUUUACUUUAUAUUUAUUUGUUGAAGGUGCAGAGCAAUGGAGGCCUCACCUUUCUCCAAUAUAUAUAUAUAUAUAUCACAAUGUCAUAUUGUCGAUAGUACUAAGUACUUUACAUUGCUCUGCUUUGCCACUCAUGAUGUGUGUGAGUAUCAAUAAUGAUAGCUGAUGCGAGAAGUGCUUAAACAAGGGUUAAAGGGUUCAAAAAAGAAAAAUCUAGAGGGGCGGCGGCGGCGGCGGCGGCGGCAAUGACGACGACGACGACGACGACGACGA